AUGCCGUACGCGUGCAAGAUUGUGUCCAAGGAACUGACAUCGGCUGUCUACCGCGCCAAGUUCCUGCCCCGUGAGCUGAAAAUUGUCGCUACCCUUCGACAUCCGCACAUUACCUGCGUCAACGAAAUCAUUGAUCUGCCGUCAAAAGUAUUCAUCAUCAUGGAGUUGGCCACCGGCGGGGAUCUUCUAGAGAAAAUUUUGAAAGUGAAGCGGUUCAAAGAGAAGAGGGCGUCCCGAUACUUUAUGGAGAUGGCCAGCGCCUUGGCCUUACACUACAAGGACAUUGCCCAUAGGGACCUCAAGUGCGAGAACAUCCUACUCACUUCAACAAACCGAGUAAAGUUGGCCGACUUCAGCUUCGCACGUUACUGCAGUGAGAAUGCCUUCCGGAGAAAGUGGCAACCCGAAGAGCUGAGCGCCACAUUCUGGCGUAGUGAAGCAUCGCGCCUCCCGAAUGCUGCAGGGUGUCGGUACCGGCCAAAGAAGGCAGACUUGGUCCUAGGCGUCAUACUUUUUGUCAUGGUCACCGGGCUCCUUCCGUACGAGUCAGAGUGCGUGCCCCACCAAGUUCGUCUGCAGAUGACGCGCACUCUUCGCUUUCCGCAGGCUGAGGCAUGUGCCAAGCGCACCGCAACAUCGUGUAAGCGGACGGAGGCUCCCAAGAAGCUGUCAUGCGACAGCACAAGCAGCCAGCAGAAUGCUGACGAGGAGCUCACGGAACAUUCCGAACGAAAGAGCGCAGAAAAAUCUGCUCACGCCCAGCGGAGUACCAGCCACGAAGACGCACCAGUUAACCAUGGUAAUCCGCCAAGAAACGACAGCGCCACGUCAACAGCCAGCCGAGUGAGCGGGUAUGCAGUAAAUGGCGGUAACGGCGCCAUAGAACCAGGGCUGGACAGUGAGGCUGACGAAUGGAAGGACGCAUCCAUAGACGGCGCAUUAGACGAGAGUACUGCGGACGACCUCUUUUCUGCCUUGCGUGACGCGCACUCAACCAGCGGUGGUGCCUCUAAAAUGACAGAACGGGGAUCUAGUAAUGAGAGCUCGAAGACUACCAAGUCUCAACUUGUCAACAAUGAGCUGAACAACCAGGCAGAAGGCUCUACGAGCAAUAUACAAAACGUCAAGGAAGUGAUGAUGAUCAAGCCUCGACCCUUGCCACCGAGUGACUUCAAGCCAAAGGCAUCAUGAAAUUAUGAAGGAUUCCGACGACGAGAACCCUUCAUCUUCAGUAUUUGCCAUCUCUUUUACUGGCCGCGCGAAAUCACGCCCAUGAGAACGAAUAACAGUUACGAUUCACGUUUGUGUCCUCCUUGCUCUCGUCUGCCGCAUUCAGUGCCGUUUCGCAACGAUUAACAAGGCUUAC